AUGACGGCUGCAAACGGCGCCUCCAGGGUGUCGUCGUUCGUGUCGUUGAUCAAAACCAUUGUCGGUGCGGGGCUUUUAUCCAUGCCGCUCGCCUUUUCCACCGACGGGCUCAUAGGCGGCUUUUUCAUCGUGCUUCUUGCUGCGCUUACCGCUGGAUACGGGCUUUUCCUCCAGGUGUACGUGUCCAGGUAUGUGGCGACAGGCCACGCGUCGUUUUUCAACGUGUGCUCCAUCUCGUACCCGGCGCUUUCGGUCGUUUUCGACUUGGCCAUUGCCAUCCAGUGUUUCGGGUGUGCUGUGUCUUACUUGGUUCUCAUUGGCGACUUGAUGCCGACCAUAGUCCGCGGCGGCCCGGGCCGGGUGUUUUGGAUCCUCGCGUCGGCGGUGCUCUGUGUUCCGCUCUCGUUUCUCAGGAACCUCGACUCGUUGAAGUACACGUCCAUUAUGGGCCUUGGCGCCAUCGCCUACCUCUGCGUGUUGGUCGUUCUGGAGCAGAUUCUCGGAGACCUCCCUCCGGAGGCCCGGGGCGAGAUCUUGCUUCUUCCGGGGGGCUGGAAAAGCGUGUGUUCCACGUUCUCUAUCAUAGUGUUUGCCUUCACGGGCCACCAGAACAUGUUCUCGAUCAUCAACGAGGCGGGGAACAAGUCGCUCGUGUCGUUGGCAACUUUGGUCAACAUGGCCGUGUGGAACGCAGCAACGCUUUUCGUGGUGGUGGGCAUUUGUGGGUACCUUACCUUUGGCAAUCUCGUGGGGGGCAAUGUCGUGUUGCUGUAUCCCGACUCCUUGGGCACGCACGUGGGCCGGUUUGCCAUUGUGUUCAUGGUGGUGUUUCUGUUCCCGUUGAUGAUCCACCCGGCGAGACUCUCCGUCAACAACAUCUACUACUGGGUGCGGGAAAACGGGCCCGGCACGCUGCACUCUGCUCUUUCUUCGGGCGGCCAUGCUGCCUCCGGCCAAAACUCGCCGUUGCUUGGCUCGGCGGAAGAACCGCGGGGCCCCGCCGCCCGGAACCACGUGGUGCCGUUCUCGCACACGACGUUCUGUGUGAUCACCGCGUUGCUUUUGGCGGCAGGCUACUACUUGGCAGUGUCGCUCAGCUCGUUUGCCCUUGUGUUGGCUGUAGUGGGAGCAACGGGGUCCACGGCCAUUUCGUUCAUUUUGCCCGGCUUGUUCGGGUACAAAUUGAUCGGCCUGGAGAACGAGCGCCCAUCCCGAGCCGAGCGCAUGCUUCGGGGCUUGUCUUUGAUGCUCACGGUCUGGGGCCUUGCGGUCAUGGUUGUUUGUCUCUAUUCAAGCUUGGCCUUGUGA